CAGGGCGAACGUGGGGCGGCCGCGCGCUCCUCCGCUCCCGUAGCCCGAGGGACUGAAACUUCUGUGGGCGGCUCCCACCGGAGCGCACUGUCCCGGGCGCACCAGCGACAGGGAGAAGGAGACGGGACGCGAGCUGCAGCAGAAGCCAGGGCGGGCAGCCCGCUGGCCCCGCGCCCAGCAGCAGCCGCGGCCGCCGCCAGCCGGGCGGGCUCCGGGACUGCAGGGGAGGUGCGGACACUCGCAGCGUCCCGAGCGGUGGCCGGAGCCAUGAGGAUGAUCGAGCCCGGGGCUGCGGAGCUAGAGGGCUACCGGCCGUUGCACUUGCUGCCCGGAGCUCUGCGCACACUGCCCGCUUCUUUGGCGGCUUCUAGCUCUGGAGGUAAAUAGAGGAGAGACGCACCCCAACCGCGCGGGACCCCGACACUGAAACGCUCCAGCGAUAGCCUGGCUCCUGAUCCGCAGCGCGGCGUCCCCUCGGGGAUGCACAGGGAAGGUCGGAUCGCACGCCAAGCCUUCAGGAACGUUCCUUCUGUGAUGCCCUCUGAAGGCCGAGUCUAGCCGGGACCGGCUCACUAGCAAGGAGGGAUGACUUAGACCCUGGCUCUGCAGCCUGGGUGUCGCUGCAGAGGGGAGUGGCCCGCACAGAAGGUCCCUGGCGUCGCAGAGCCACAACUUCUUGGGGAGAUCUACAUCCUCCAGAGACAUCACCCCCCCGCCCAGGGCAGUGCCAUGUGGGGCGGACGCGGCUUACCCGUCACCUCUUCUGGUCACCGCGCGUCGCUGCUGCAGCUGCUGCUGGCUGCGCUGCUGGCUGCGGGGGCGCGGGCCAGCGGCGAGUACUGCCACGGCUGGCUGGACGCGCAGGGCGUCUGGCGCAUCGGCUUCCAGUGCCCCGAGCGCUUCGACGGCGGCGACGCCACCAUCUGUUGCGGCAGCUGUGCGCUGCGCUACUGCUGCUCCAGCGCCGAGGCGCGCCUGGACCAAGGAGGCUGUGACAACGACCGCCAGCAGGGUGUGGGGGAGCCUGGCCGGACAGACAGAGAAGGCCCGGACAGCUCGGCAGUCCCCAUCUAUGUGCCGUUUCUCAUCGUCGGCUCUGUGUUCGUCGCCUUCAUCAUCCUCGGGUCCCUCGUAGCUGCGUGCUGUUGCCGAUGUCUCCGGCCAAAGCAGGAUCCCCAGCAGAGCCGAGCCCCAGGGGGCAACCGCCUGAUGGAGACCAUCCCCAUGAUCCCCAGCGCCAGCACGUCCCGGGGGUCAUCUUCUCGGCAAUCCAGCACAGCUGCGAGUUCCAGCUCCAGUGCGAACUCGGGGGCCCGGGCUCCCCCAACCAGAUCACAGACCAACUGCUGCUUGCCUGAGGGAACCAUGAACAAUGUGUACGUCAACAUGCCCACAAACUUCUCUGUCCUGAACUGUCAGCAGGCCACCCAGAUUGUCCCCCAUCAAGGGCAGUACCUGCACACCCCGUAUGUGGGGUAUGCGGUACAACACGACUCUGUGCCCAUGACGCCAGUGCCCCCAUUCAUGGAUGGCCUGCAGCCCGGCUACAGGCAAGUCCAGCCCUCUUUUGCCCACACCAACAGUGAACAGAAGAUGUACCCUGCAGUGACCGUAUAGCUCACAGGGCACCAAGUAGACUCCUUUAUGAGACCGAGCCAAACAAGGCCAGGUUCCUGCGCCAGAAGUCUGCACGAGUCCGUGGUGUUUUCUUCGGUGCUCUCCUGGAUGACUUCAUUUGUAGGAGAAAGUCUCCAGAGCAGCCUCUCUCUGCACAGUUCCUGACUCACAAUGGAAAGACACAACCCCUGGAGUCGCCACCUGUACCCUCAAGCAUGUGACAAAUGCUUGAGCCCCUAAGUGCCCUUGAGGUGUCAGAGCUUCUCUGUGGCCAUUGUUUCCUUCUGUUUCAGCUGCAGGAGAGAACACCUGUUACCUCCCCUUCACCUAGGGGUUUUUAAAUCAGUGUUCAAGGCUGAAAGGAGAUGUAAAUAAUAUAAUUAUUAUGAAAAGAAGCUGGUUUGAACUCGGAUACUAGCCAGCAGCCUCAGUCCUCCAGAGGCUUGUCUUAAUUUCAUUGUGAAAGAUACAGCUUGUCUAUUUUUAUGCUUUGGGGGGUAGCUAUUUUGUGCUAUUUUUUAAUUUGAUAACCGUGUGUAUAGAUCAUAUUACGAAGUGAUUUUCUAUGUUAAAGAGAUGAAAAAAAUGUAUGUAUCUAAAGAAGACAUUCAGAAUUCUGGGGGGCGGGGUGGCAAUGCUUUUCCAUGGAGCCUUUUUAAUUUCCUGGCUCUCCAGUGGCACCCGAGAAGUAAUUUGAUGCUUUUGUAUUGCAAUCAUGAGCUGCCACCUGCUGUGUUUCUAGUUACUUCUGACUUUGCCAUGCGAUGUGGCCUGGGGCUCUUUUUUUCUGCCAGGUUUGGGCUAAGUAGUACCAAGGGCAGGGAAUUAUCUAUGUGUGGAUGAAGAUAGUUAAAAAAUGCAGAGAAAGGUACUAUGGAGAUGCUCAGUACAGGUCUUCAGUCAUCACGGGGACCCCAGACAUGAAUCGCUUUGCAAAUCAGAAGGCUUUUUUAUACUCUUGUUAUCAGAAUGGUCUAUUUUUCCAGCAGCAGGAGCUAGGAAAGUCAGAAGAAAAACUCUCCAAGGAGACACGACUCCUGGGUCUUCAGCAAGCUCUGCAAUCACUGCCAAUGUUUUAAGUUAUCAAAUUCAAGUGAAUUUGUAUGUUGAUCACUUAUAGAAAAAAUUAAAUGUGUGUAAGUACGUUUUCAACUGCUAGAAAAGCCAAAAUUUGUUCAAUAACUGUGAAGUUUGGUCUUCUGUAGGUCUGGCCACAGCAUCUGUCAUCUGUCGGUCGUCUCAUGAUGACGGGGAUUGGGUGACGUUGUUGCUGGCAACCGGUAUCACCAGAGAUAGGAAUCAAAGAGUUUUCAUAGCCAAAGCAGGAGAAAAUCACUUUAAAUUUCUAAUAAA